AUGGCAGACAAAUACGUGCUCCGCGUCACAGCCGGGCCGUCCUACGACCUGUCAACCCACCAGCUCGUCAACGUCAACUCUUCCACCCCAACCACCAUCUCGUCCGAUUUGAUUUCUGCUAGCCUCAACGUCCGCAUCCAAAACCACCACCGCUCUGUCCCCCCCACUGCUCCCAGAACCUCCCCCUAUUUUGAGCAGGAGCCGCACAAAUCCAAUAAUGACCAGUACUCGAUCGCUUUCAAGUUUAAGCUUCACGCUCCGGAGAGGGACGAGUCACACAGGAACGAGAUCGGGGAAGCGGAGGAUGAUGAAGGGGAGGAGAUUGAAGAGGAUGAUGACAUUGGUGUAAAAGGAGGGGACUUGCAGUUCGGGAAUGACUUUGACCAUCCUAUCCGUGACAGACUCCCGCCUGGGUUCGGGGCCGCGAUGAGGAUUGUCAAGUGGUGGGUUGAUCCCGGGUUGGAGGGGGAUCCGUACGCUGACACGCCGUAUCUGUAUGGAGUUGGGUUGAGUAGCUUUAAUGCUGUGCAUGUUGGCCCUGGGGUGGAGGAUGACCCAAAGAAGGGCGGGAUUUGGGUUGAGGAAGGGGGGGAUGAAAAAUGGAGAAUUGAGAGGGGGGUUCCACGGGAGGGCAGGGAGAGGAUGAAGUGGGGGUUGAAGGGGGCUAAUUUGGAGAGGUGGGUUUGGGAGUAUGGGAGGGAGUAUGCGGUUGAUUUUUAUAACCCUUACAUUGACUUUGGGGAGUUUGCGUUGAGGUUGCCUGGGUUUGGGUUGGGGAUUAUGAGGUAUUGGGAUGGGCAGGGGUUGAGUAACAAGGUCAAACGCUUACACCAGCUUAGGUAUGUCCUCCGCAACAAGAAGACGAAGCAGGUUUACCUGGUGGUGUUGUUUACACUGCACCUGAAGGGGGAUGUCAAUGAGGAUGGGAGCUUGAAGCCGGCUGCGAUUGAGGCGUUGAAGAAAAGGUCGGGGGCUUUGGAGGGGGAACAGGGGGCGCCGUUGGCGGAUGAUGUUGAGAUAAGGGAGGACGGGGAGGACUCGAAGAAUGGGAAAGUCAAUGAGGAUAAGAUGGUGGAGGAGGCGAGGAAGAAGUUGGAGGGGGCAAAGGUGGAGGCUGAUGAGGAUGUUGAUUGA